GGGUGGCGGGGAGGGAGGAGGUGGUGAAGGGGUUCGAGCUCAGGGCUGUCGCUGACGGAGAGGAUGUCCGACUCCUGGCAACACGGGACCAUCACCCGCUCCCGAGCCGAGGACCUGCUCUCCAGAGCAGCCGAGGAUGGCAGCUUCCUGGUCCGAGCCAGUGAGUCCAUCUCGGGGGCGUACGCCCUGUGUGUGCUUUAUCAAAACUGCGUCUACACAUACAGGAUCCUUCCGAAUGAGGAAAAAAAGUUGACUGUUCAGGCCUCGGAAGGAAUCAAAGUGAAGUAUUUUUCGAAGCUGACUGAACUGAUUGACUAUUACAUGAAGCAAAACAUGGGGCUGGUGACCCACCUGAAGCAUCCAGUGGAGCGAGAUGAAGAGGUGGACCUGGAGUAUGAGGAAAUUGACCCAUUGGAGGCCCGGGUGCCUAUUCCCCCUCGAAAUUUUCCAAGUCCUGACGUCAAAGAGGCUUUGAGUGAUUCUUCCCCAAAGCACGGCAGUGAAAGUACAAAACCACUGCUGUCCGACGUACUCAUUCAACGCUUCCAACAGAUUGACACAAGCAUUGUUCCCCGUGAAUACAUGAAUGAUCUUGAAAAUUACCUGCGCAUUCAUGUAGUGACUGAUGCUGAGGCAGUGCGGGCUGGAAACACCAACCUGCCUCAGCUGAAGAAGCUGCUCUGCACCAUCUGCAAAGGACUCAGCAGUGAGCUGAACCGGACUAUGCCGAUGCUGGAAUCUGUGCAGAAGCUAUUUGACCAGCAGCUCAGUGGACGGACACGCACUCAGAUUUCCAAUGAAACCAGUGCCAGCCUGAUCAUACCAAAACUCAUGGAACUGACCAGUUGCCUCUCAUCAAUUGAAGAUCUGGUGAAACAUUUCCUGUCCGAUUGCUCAGGAUCAGGAGGCCAGCGUCGACGUUCUGAGAUUCCUCCUGUUACGUUCGAGGUAAAAUCGGAUGGUUUAGGAAUUUCAACAAAAAUAUUUCUGAAAGUGGAUGUAGAGAAUGGGAAAAUGUUUAUUAAAAAAUCGAAGGAUGGAGCAGAAGACAAGUAUUAUGGCCAGACAAAAAUUUUGCAGUUAAUCAAAUCACACAAGUUUCACAAUAGGCUGGUUAUCGUGGUUGGAAGUGAGAAGGAGAAGACGCUACGAAAGGAAUAUGUCUUUGCGGAUUCCAAGAAACGAGAAGGCUUCUGCCAACUCCUGCAGCAGAUGAAGAACAAGCACUCAGAUCACCCAGAGCCGGAUAUGAUCACACUUUUCAUUGGAACAUGGAACAUGGGUGAUGCCUCCCCUCCCUCGAACAUCAAGGCUUGGUUCCAGUCCCUGGGGCAGGGUAAAACACGUGACGAGACUGCUGUCUAUAUCCCAUAUGAUAUGUAUGUCGUCGGAACUCAAGAAGAUCAGCAGGGUGACAAAGAAUGGGUGGAAAUUCUCAAAGCCACGUUGAAGGACAUCACAAGCAUAGACUUUAAACACGUAGUGACACAGACUUUGUGGAACAUUCGGAUUGUUAUAUUUGCAAAGCCGGAACACGAAAAUCGCAUCAGUCACGUUUCUACAAACAGCGUUAAGACAGGAAUCGCCAACGCUCUAGGUAAUAAAGGUGCUGUGGGAGUGUCCCUCAUGUUUAACGGUACAUCCUUUGGAUUCGUCAACAGCCACUUGACAUCAGGAGCUCCAAAAAAGCUCAGACGGAACCAGAACUAUAUCAACAUUCUUCGCUUGCUGACACUGGGUGACAAGAGGUUGAAUCCCUUCGAUAUCACCAAUCGAUUCACCCAUCUCUUCUGGCUGGGAGAUUUAAACUACAGAGUGGACUUUCCAGCAUCGGAAGCGGAGAACAUCAUUCAGAAGAUCAAACAGCAGCAGUACCAGGAGCUGCUGGUCAAGGACCAGCUGACCUUGGAGAAGAACGACGGGAAGAUUUUCCUUCAGUUCCAGGAAGAAGAAAUCAACUUUGCUCCAUCCUAUCGAUAUGACCGGGACACCAGAGAGACCUACGCUUACAUCAAGCAGAAAACAACUGGAAUCAAAUUCAACCUGCCAUCAUGGUGUGACCGAGUGCUGUGGAAAUCCUACCCCAUGGUUCAUGUCAUGUGUCAGUCAUACGGCUGCACAAAUGACAUCAUGACCAGUGAUCAUUCACCAGUCUUUGCAACGUAUGAGGUGGGAGUCACAUCGCAAUUUGUGUCAAAGAACGGUCCGAACAAUGGUGACUCUCAAGGCAAAAUAGAAUUUUUGAACUGUGAAGCUAAGCUGAAAACAAAAUCAAAGACAAAGUUCUUCAUUGAAUUCUAUUCGACCUGUUUGGAAAGUGUUGUGAAGAGUGGUGAGGGUGAAAACCAGGAAUCCAAAGCCGGAAAUCUGAAUGUGAUAUGGGGCUCCCUCCCCCAGUUAACACCUAUUAUCUCUGACCCGGAAUAUUUACUGGAUCAACACAUCCUGAUCUGCAUCAAGUCCACAGACAGCUAUGAGUCCUAUGGAGAAGGUUGCAUUGCAUUGCGAGGGGAGUCCCACAGCCCCGAGGUGGCUUUCAACACAUUUCUGACACACCAGGGAGAGGAGACUGGCGAGUUCCAAGGAUCAUACAAACUAACCACUUCAGAAGGAAAACAAAGAGAACGCACUUAUGAUUUUAUAAAAUUGGAAAAGGAUGAAAUGAUCUCAAUGAAACAUACAAAAGUGAACAAUAACAUAGAAUUAUCCAAAUGUGUGGAUCGGUCGGCGAGGGUAGCAACACGAAAUGCUCCACAAAUAAUGGCCGAGGAGGCAGCAGCUAGAGCUCGAGAGAGAGUGUCGUCACCGUGUCCAUUAGAUACACCAUCCAAAGACCCCUUAAGAUUACCACAGUUCAUGCCCUGCCUGUCAUCUGGUAUUAAUAAUCCAAACUACAUUCCCGUGGGCAUGGCCCGCCAGCCACUCCCUGUGACACCUGCAGGUGUAAAGCAAGUACCGUCUCCUGACCAGAAGCCCUCAAUGUGGGCCUUUGAUGUGCCUCCAAAACAGAAUCCUUCAAUUGCAGGAAGAACUGACAGCUCCCUGACUUCAUCCAACUACUCCCCUCUCUCUCCUAAGAAAGUCAACCAGAUGUCACCUAACAGAGUUUUGGCAUCCAAACCUCAGGAGCCAAGCUUCCAAGAGAGUCCCUGGGUUAAACAGCACACUGUGAGCCAGCCACAGCCAGACACUCCACAGCCAUUACCACUGCAGGACUUGGAGAUGUUUGACAAUCCUUUAUAUGCGUCUUUCGUCCCGAAACCCAAACUCAACCUAAGGAAAGAUCUGGAAGUUCCAAGAGGAGCAAGGAAAGAGGUCCCGCCAAUCCCAGACCAGACUGGGACGAGCAAAUAUGUUGAGACUCCAGGAACCAAGCCAGGCAGCAGGCAACUGCUCCCUCCUGUACCCCAGCCUCGAAUGCGGUCAUUCACAUGCUCAGAAAUGAAAAAUCCAGUCAGUGGAAAGACACAUGUUAAACAAUCAUAUCAUGCAUUUAUGGAAGAUAAUCCCAGACUUGGGGUCAAUUUAUUAAUUCCAAGUCACUUGAAGCAGCCUAUGUCUACUCCAAAAUCAGAGUUGGAGCAUCCGUCCUCUCUUUCCAACCAGGGGCAAACAGUUAAACCCCCACUUCCAGCCAAGAGCAAACAGGUACUAGAACUACAACAUUCUCAGAAAGAUUAUAGAGAGACUACAGAGCUGCCAAAUAAGACCAAGCACCCCAGCACUGAGAACGCAGCGCAGCGAUCUAGUGUAUCGUGACCAAGAUGCCUUUCGUAGCAGAGAUAUUUGAUCCUGGCUGUGAAUUUUUGGAAAAAUGAAGAGAAUCCCUGCUUGCCCCAGCUUUCUUUCUCAAUGAAUGUAGCUUGUGGAUGGUGCAGGCUUGGGUGUCAGAGGCAACCUUUGGCCAGACCCUUAACUCUCCAUUUCAGAGUGUUAAAUAAUGGAACCCAAGUGUGUGGUUCAGAAGCUUCUCUGACAGUGAAACCUAUGUCCUUGCCUUAGCCCCAAAAGCAAGGGGUGUGCCACUGAUAUAUCAGAUCAUGUGUCCAAUGUCCUCAAAGGAAAGUCCAAACCAGCCUUGGUCUGUCUCAGAAGUUCAGUUCAAUGUUAACUGAUUUGAGGACAGUUCCGUGCUACGGUUUGAAAGCAGUGCAAUAAGUGAAAGCAAGGCUGUAUCUCGCUUCAGCUCAUUGCUUGGGUUUAGCUUUUCUUUUGCAACCGCAGAUUGUGACAUAAUGACUAAAUCCCACCUUAGAUCACAAAUUCUGCUUUUGUUCUGACACCAUGUAGCUAAACCCUUUCUGCUGCCUUGGACUGUGGACUGCUCCCACCUCUGCAGGAGGAUGCACCAAACACCUUUACAAGAGCCCAACAAACUAACCAAUCAGGAGAAAUUUCCAUCACAAACCUGUUGGUGGGGGAGUGAACUAUUACAAAACUUGGUUGUACAAAUGGUCGAUUUUUAUACAUACUCUAAACCUUCCUUGCCUCUAGGUUUAUUUAUUUUUUAUCAGCAGGUGUAUGACACAUGUAGAAACCAAUUAAAAUUCAUUAAAAAGUAUCCAGAUCAGACUGAAGUCCACAUACAAAUGGAAAUUCAAAUGAAAAUUUCCUACAAAUGGAAAUUUCCCUGUGUCUGGAAUAGAAUACGCUCUCUCUCCUGCUUAACUUAUUCUAGAGCUUAUUAGGCACAAGUUGGUGAGAAACAAGACUUGGAGAACCAAGAUUGUGUGUUGGGGUACUGCUGGAAUUUAACCAGCUAUAACCACAGAGCUUGCCAGAUAUUAAUAUGGAUGGCUGACGAUGGGAGUAUUGUUUCUGCAUUGUGAAGUGGCUGUGCUCAUCCAGCAGGAGUCCUGGAAUCAGAUCAUAAUAAUAAGUCUUGCAUUUGAUAUAGCACCUUAUCACAUCAUUGAGACGUCUCAAAGCGCUUCACAGAGUAUACUGUAAAGUGUAUAUUUUGUGAGCGAAAUGCAGCAGCCACUUGCACACAAUAGAGUCCCACAAACAGUCGUGGAUUGAGUGACCAAUUUUUUUUGAGGGAUUAUUACCUCUGGAAAGAGAUCCUCCAAUCGACUAACAACUGAGUUCCUAUUUACUGCUAGAUAAACAGAGGCGCGUGGAGUAAGGAAAUAAAAAAUUAAGUUUGCUGCUCCUGACUAGAAGAUUAAAUGAUUGUGUGAUAAGUGACCUCAGACCUGCCCAUUCACCACCCUCUCCUGUUGUAACCUGCACAACACCAUAUUAUUUUGUGAGUCUGCAUCUCUUUGACAUGCAUACUAAGAGUGAUGGCAUUAAACAUAUAGCGCUUCAGAUCCAUUUGCUUUAUUCCUGCAUAUUUAAGAUUACCUAAAAAUUGUUACAUGCCUGUUGUAGACACAUCUAUUGGUGUCAAGUUGAAGUGGAUUUAAUGUAUUCAAUCAGAGCUCUCAGGAGCACAUCUACAGGUGCAAUAAAAUGUGGAGAUU